AUGUGUUUCGUCGACCGAAUCACGUACUCAUGCACACACAUCGAGAAUGUGUAUACCGACGAGUGCGAGGCCCCAGGAAAGAGAUGCCCAAAGCAUAUUACUCCUCGCACAUCCGACUCUGUAUGUCCAAACUGUCUAGAAAAAACCGCGCCAGUAGAGCGCCAAACCGCAAUUGUCGACUUCUACGACAACUUGAAGGGAUAUUUGAGACACAGCUUCGAACUAACUAAUACAUUUGAUCACGAUAUCUUGGCACCACAGGUCCAGCGAAUUAUCGAGAUCAUCGAGGAACAGAAGUCCAAUGCUUUAGUCGAGCUAGAGCUGAAGAUUGCGAUCGAAGUCGCGAAGAAGAAGGCAGAUGGAGAAGAAUUUGCUGAGGGUUCUGGAGGUGGAUGGAUCUAG